UUAAUAAUAUUGUAAAUAACCUCAAAAGUGUUUUGAAGAAAGUCAGCGUUUAAAAAAAGAUGACGAAAGUUCUCUGAAAUAAGAAUCUAUAUAAAAGUAACUAUCGCCACCUGAGAUGGGUGCUUUAGUGUCAAGGGCGUUGCGGCCCGUAAAAUCGUUUAAUAUCGAAAAUAGAGCCCACCGGGAGAUUUCAAAAGAAAAACCUCAAGUAGCGCCAAGGUAUCCUUCCAACGUAGAAGAUUUGCAUAGAGUGCAAGAAGCCAUCCCCGAUAUUGAUGAAAAGAUUGUUAAGAAAGAUCUCGGACUCGACGAGAGAUUAAAGGAUGUUUAUGUAACAUCGCAGGGGACACCGGAGGAUGACAUUACACGGUUGAAAAGACAACAGAAUCCAGAUCGACCUCUACCUAAAGACAGGAAUAUUGUAGAAAACUUCGAUUUUGGCCUCAAAGAGCCAGAGACGAUCCCAUACGGACGAACGACGUUACGACAAGCGAUAGAAUAUAUUUCUUCUCACCAAUUGAAUCCUGAAGAGGUGACCGCAGCUAAAAUAGCAUAUGAAUACAAACUAAAGGAAUCCGAUGUAGAAAAUAUACUAAAGUACUAUAGAACAUUUGAGAUUUAUGUACCGGAAACUAAAACAAACAAAGCAACAUUCGCUGGACCGACGACAAUGAGAAAACAUUUGAUGGAACAAUCGGUUGGAAAGAUUGAAGGAAAGAAAGAUACACCUGAAGAUAGUAAUGUUGAUAAGGAAAAGGCCAAAAUGAAAAGUGCUUCAUAAAUUUCCUUAUCAAAGUUUCUUAUGAGAUAGAUGGAAUAUUUGUUUUUGGGAAUUCAAUGGUCUGAAAGCAACGAUAAUUGAAGAGUCUGAAAUAAUAACUGAAAUCUAUAAAGAAGGCACAAGCUGUACCAAUAUAGAAGAAUUAGUUAAUUUAUUAGUUGUCUUUUAGUUGAAUUUAUGUAUACCUCAUUAAAUUAUUCUAGCUUGACUC